AUGCCUCGAGAAGUUACCGAUAUCAAGCAAUUCCUCGAGAUUGCACGGAGGAAGGAUGCCACCUCUGCCCGGAUUAAGAAGUCCUCCAAGCCAGGCCAGAAUGCUAUCAAAUUCAAGAUCCGAGCCCACAAGAACCUCUAUACUUUGAUCUUGGACGAUGCCAAGUCAGACCGAGCAGAUAAGCUGAAGCAAAGUUUACCACCUUCGCUGAAAGUCGAGGAGGUUGGAAAGAAGAACAAGAAGACGAAGAAGAACUAA